UAAAUUUUCCAUCUGUGUAGUUGUUUUCCCCGAUAUUGUAUUACUUUUUUGCCUUCCCCGAGCAGGAGGGGAACUACAAACAUUCAGCCUGCGACACCGGAGUUCAUGAUGUGACGAGGUUCGUUCCUGCCGGUUGUGCGUCCGUACGUAGCGCAGUUGAGACGACCGCAGCGAGCUAGCUGCUUUCGGUGGCGGGAAGCAGUGUUUCAGUAUCCGAUCGGGCAGUUCCUACCAGCACACGCCGCAUGACAAACCUUCUCUAAUGAAGCACUUUACUCCUGCACAAAGUUAUAACCCGGACGAGAGGACCAGGACUGAGCAGACGGGAAGGCGAACAGAUCUAUUUUCGCGACCACCAGUAUCCCGUGGUGCAUGAGCCUGCUUCGGUUGUGCGCCGUGUGUUGCGGCGGGGAGAAAGACCAGGCAACUUCGUCAGGCGGACCCGUCGUGUUUGGGACGGGCAAUAAUACUUCUAGCAAUGGGACGAACGGUAUGAGAGUGCACAACUCCCCCUCCUUCUUAUUUCUCAUGCAAGAUUCCAAAUCCACCCUUUGCCUGUUAGCACUGUUUGCAUGACAGAUUCCAGAAUCCAAAAUAGCACUGCAAUCCUCUAGAAAUUUGUCAUGCAGAAGCUGCAUCUUUGCCAGCGCUUGUGUUGCUGUUCAUGCAAAACAAGUGAGUGUGAGGGGGAGGGGGAGUGGUGCACUCUCAUAAACGGCACAUCGACAAGGAAUCUCCGGGCGAGUUUCUCCCCGCAAGCAGAGGGAGAAGCUCUGUCGCCGGCGGAGCAGGUACUUCUAAGGGUUUUGUUUAGUUUGUAUUCGUGCAAGAGAAAAAAGAAUUGCAAUGUAAAGUUGUCCAUGACAAAGUUGGAAAACUACAUCUUCUACCAGAUAUCCCGUGGUACUGACGACGACCUCGACUUUGGGAGCGACCACGAUACAGACAACCCCUUUCACUAUGACAACAUCAAUUCCAGUGGGGGAAAAAGGAGUUCCAGAAUAUCCUUCGGCCUCGGGAACGUGGUCGAAUACGAAAUCGAAUCCGAAAAUGAAAAUGCGGGAAGUCCAGACACCAGUCCGGACAGUGGCGGCCAAAAUAGAUCGUCGUUUAACAAUGGAUAUCAACUGUAAAAAUGUCUGGGUCUGGAAGAUUCUGACACUUGUCACGCACGUUUUGCAUGAGCCAUGAUGUCUGUGAUCCAUACCCUAGCAAUACAGAUUUUUUGAGGGCUUCUCGAUGCCUAUUUCGCAUGACAAAUACCUUCUCAGCGUAGCAAAAAUUGCAUUCCCUUUGGUACUCAUGCAAUACAGAUUUUUUUGGAAUCCAAACGCAGCAUCACAAGUUGCAUUCUUCCACACCCACACACUUUUACAUUUGAUAAUGGAAGUAGCAAUUCUUUUGCUCUCGACCCCGCAGAAGACUCCCCGGUUUUGUUGUCCAGCAACAGCGAGCCUGAGUCAGAUGACGGCGCGGAUAGGUUGGUGGCGAAGGACUGGGUAUUUGUGUAUGAUCAGGAUGAUGUUUGUCGUACAAGAACUGUUUAUGUUUUGUUAUGUACAACUAUGGACACAGUCAACACGGAUGGAAGUGCAAUGGUUGCGAUGCAUGCGGUACGGGUUCGGAAUACUCGAAUUCGCAAAAGAACGUCGAUACGGACUCUUUGGUGCAAAAAAUAAUUGCACCAAAUAAAAAUCCUCAGGUCGAAAUGCAGAAGCGCGCGAUGGCAGAGCGGAUGGGCCGAAAUAAGCCGGAGGGGGAACAAGGUCCAGAUGGUGAAAAACCAAAAAAGCAAAAACUCCGAUUUUUCAAGCGAAGACAGGAUUCCAUAGUGCUCCCCCCGGCGCCGGAGAAAGGCUGCUUGAGGAAAAGUAGUGCCUACUCUGCGGAUAUGGAGUCUCCGGACGGGCUGGCGCAGAUGUACGGAAUAACCCCCAAUUUAGAUUACGUCUGAAUAUUUAGAGAGUGACAUGAUGAUCCUGCGCCACAGGAAUCCUUUUCAGUACGAGAGAAAAGAGUUUUUCAAAAGAAAUAAAUCGCCGCUGGACAGUCCUCGUUCGCCUGUUUUAGCGCUUCGUUCACUUCUAUACUCCAUAACUCCUUCCCCAUCCCCCUCCCCGCGCGAUUUAGGAUCCCUGCCAGUUACGGACGGUGCCUGCUCGGCUUGCUGUUUGUUUGCCCCACUCAAUUACUUAUUUUAGUAAGUUUACUACCUGCGAAGCGACCCCAUACCCCUACUAGCUCGUUCCUUAGUAGUUCUGUGAGACUCGUAUUUGGUCGUAGUCAUAGAAAGCUCACGUAGUCCUGCGCAGAGCACACGCGACCCUACUGUGUUUUGCCUCGUGUAUCAAAAAAUAAAAGAACGACCUUUUCGAUAAUUUAUUGAUUCCUUUGUGGUGAACAGCCAAACAAGCCAGAGCCAUGCGCAAGACCGGCAAGCAUUAACAUGUUAACAACCGAAAUCACAGCGAGACGUGGUUCUUGUGAGGCAUAUGACCCACGGAGGAUUGUUGAGAUUUAUGAGCUUAUCGUGAUCUUCCUGAAAGAAGUUUAAGUAACUUAGUCCUUCCUAGCAGCCGUGCUUGCGACACUAGCGACAGCAGGAGUUUUUUGAACGCCAGAGCAGCGACACGAAAGAACCGCUCUGAGUAUAAGGAGAGCUUUUAGAAUACCUAAUAACUAGUACGCGAAAUUUUUCACCGGUCUAGCUGUUGACUAUCCACUACAACACAGGCAAGUAUAGGACGGCUUCAGGUGAACUUGUUUCUUUUUAGUUAGGUGAUGAUAGGUCGAAGAUCGAGUAGGAAAAGCAAGAAGAUUAUGAUAUACAACAAUACUCGUGUGUCCGUCGAUGCAAGUCGUGCAACUCACGUUGUAAUAUUUCAUUUUUUGAUACGAGUAUGUGUGGACCGUGGUCGCCCCUGAGAUACUUGCUCAUCUUCGUGGACAGCAAAAAAUACAUACAGGCUUCUUUACUUGUUUGUUUCUUCUGCCUAACUUGCAGUAGUUUAAUACGCAUCUUCACUGCAGCUCCUCCGCGCAUUUUGAAAUAGGUACUAAAUCUAACGAUCAAAGAACCUCAGAAAGUAGAGGUUCUGACUGUCAGUACGACGACGUCCACCCAAUACGCAAAUAACAAGUCAAAAAAGUAAAAUAUACGAAGUACGACAAAUAAGCUUUUUCAACGUCAUCUCUGGGCUGUGGCGAC